AUGCAUAAUCCGUACGAACAUAAAGCCAGAACCCAGCGAGAUCCUGACUUGUUUAACUGCGGUUCCUUUGUGUUGCAGAGUGCAGCGGCAGCCCCCAGCCCGGUGAUGGGCAACAUGCCCCCCAACGACGCCAUGCCAGGCGGUCCUAUGCCCCCAGGUUUCUUCCAGGGACCGCCCGGCUCUCAGCAGUCCCCCCACGCACAGCCCCCCCCACACAACCCCAGCAACCCCAUGAUGGGACCCCAUGGCCAGCCUUUCAUGUCACCGCGAUAUCCAGGUGGGCCGCGCCCCUCACUCCGAAUGCCAAAUCAGCCUCCUGGGGGAAUCCCAGGAUCUCAGCCUCUCCUGCCAAACAGUCUGGACCCAACAAGACCGCAAGGACAUCCCAACAUGGGUGGACCAAUGAGAAUGAAUCCUCCCAGAGGAAUGGCCAUGGGCCCACAGAAUUAUGGUGGCAUGAGGCCUCCUCCAAACUCCAUGGGUGGUCCCAUGCCAGGAAUGAACAUGGGUCCCGGAGGAAGGGGGCCUUGGCCAGGCCCUAAUGCUAACUCGAUAGCAUACUCUUCUUCAUCUCCAGGAAACUAUGUGGGUCCUCCAGGCGGAGGAGGUCCACCCGGCACCCCCAUCAUGCCCAGCCCAGGUGAUUCGACUAACUCCAGUGAAAACAUCUACACGAUGAUGAAUCCUAUUGGGCCGGGAGGGAACAGACCCAAUUUCCCUAUGGGGCCGGGGCCAGAUGGGCCAAUGGGAGCUAUGGGAGCCAUGGAACCACACCACAUGAAUGGAUCACUAGGGUCUGGGGAUAUGGAUGGGUUGCCAAAGAGCUCUCCUAACAACAUGGGUGGCAUGAAUAACCCUCCCGGAACGCCGCGGGAUGACGGCGAAAUGGGCGGCAACUUCUUGAACCCAUUCCAAAGCGAAAGUUCUCCUGCCCUGGGCCUGGAGAGCCGCAGUGGGGGGGGGCGCAGGCCGGAGUGA